CUUCACAAUCGAUUGACUAGCUCAGCAACCUUGACGCCGACGUCGAGCCGCGCCGAGCCAUGGCCAACUCCAACUUCCUCGACAAGGCCAUUGGCAUCGUCAAGGAGGCCAUCGAGCAGGACACCAAGCAGAACUACCAGGAGGCCUACAAGCUCUACCAAAACAGCCUCGACUUCUUCCUUCUUGCUCUGAAGUACGAAAAGAACGACAAGCUCAAGGAGCUGAUCCGAAACAAGUUCACAGAGUACCUCGACCGGGCCGAAAAGCUCAAGCAGCAUCUGGCGCAGAGCAAGGAUGACAAGGGCGGCAGAAACGCGAUAGGCGCGAAUGGGUCCGAGAAGGGAGUUGGCGCAGGCGCAGGGCCAAAGAAGGAUGGCGAAGGCGGCGACGACCAGGAUGCAGAGACAAAGAGGCUGCGGGCUGGCCUCUCAAGUGCCAUUCUUUCCGAGACGCCUAAUGUCAGCUGGGACGAUGUUGCCGGCCUGCAGACGGCAAAGGAUUCGCUCAAGGAGGCCGUGAUCUUGCCCAUCAAGUUCCCGCAGCUCUUCACGGGCAAGCGCACGCCUUGGAAGGGGAUCCUUCUCUACGGUCCCCCGGGCACGGGCAAGAGUUUCCUGGCCAAGGCUGUCGCCACGGAAGCCAAGAGCACCUUCUUCAGCGUCUCAUCAAGUGACCUUGUGAGCAAGUGGAUGGGUGAGAGCGAGCGUCUGGUCAAGAAUCUGUUUGCCAUGGCUCGCGAGGCGAAACCCUCUAUCAUCUUCAUCGAUGAGGUCGAUUCGCUCUGUGGCACUCGUGGCGAGGGCGAGUCCGAGGCCAGCCGGCGCAUCAAGACUGAGUUCCUAGUCCAGAUGGAUGGCGUUGGCAACGGCGAAGGUGGCGUUCUCGUUUUGGGCGCCACAAACAUUCCCUGGCAACUCGAUCUGGCCAUCAAGCGCCGCUUUGAAAAGAGAAUCUACAUACCUCUGCCCGAACUCGAGGCACGACAACGCAUGUUUGAGCUCCAGGUCGGAAGCACUCCGUGCCUCCUGGGGCCCAAGGACUACCGUGAGCUGGCAAUCAAGACCGACGGUUACACCGGCUCCGACAUUUCCGUCCUCGUCCGCGACGCGCUCAUGCAGCCCGUUCGCAAGGUCCUCUCUGCGACGCACUUCAAGAAGGUCAUGGCGCCCCUGAAGGCCUCGCAGGGCGCAGACGGUGCUCAGCCCGAAGAGGGCAUCAUGAAGGAGUACCUGACGCCCUGCUCACCGGGCGACGCUGCUGCGCAGGAAAUGUCGUGGGAAACCGUGGACGGCGCUGAUCUGCUCGAGCCGCCGCUGGUCAUGAGCGACUUUGUGCGCGCAAUUCAACAGGUCAGACCCACGGUGACCGAAAGCGACCUCAAACAACACCUGGAAUUCACCCAAGACUCCGGCCUAGAGUAGACUGGUCCUUACUUCUAAAGUCUUCUCCCUCUUGUCUCUUAUCUCGACCUCGUUUCGUGCUCCAACGUGUACUAUCAUUAUCCCCUCUCUCUGCUCAUUGGCUAUCAGACGACCUUUCAGAUGAUGAACCCCUUGAUUUGGAAACGCAUGAGACAGAGAGUU